CAACUGACUGGACUAAUAUUUUAUCUUAACUUCCUGAAACAGGAGGAAGAGGAAGAAGAGGAAAGACAGGGAGAGGAGGAAGAAGAGGAAAAACAGGAAGAGGAGGAAGAAGAGAAAGAGGAAGAACAGGAGGAAGAGGAGGAAGAACAGGAAGAACAGGAAGAGGAAAAAGAGGAGGAAGAAGAGGAAAAACAGGGAGAGGAGGAAGAACAGGAAGAACAGGAAGAGGAGGAAGAGGAGGAAGAACAGGAAGAGGAGUAAGAACAGGAAGAACAAGAAGAGGAGGAAGAGGAAGAGGAGGAAAAACAGGAAGAGCAGGAAGAAGAGGAAGAGGAAGAAAAACAGGAAGAGGAGGAAGAAGAGGAAGAGGAGGAAAAACAGGAAGAGCAGGAAGAAGAGGAAGAACAGGAAGAGGAGGAAGAGGAGGAAGAACAGGAAGAGGAGGAAGAACAGGAAGAACAAGAAGAGGAGGAAGAGGAGGAAGAGGAAGAGGAGGAAAAACAGGAAGAGGAGGAAGAAGAGGAAGAGGAGGAAAAACAGGAAGAGCAGGAAGAAGAGGAAGAGGAAGAGGAGGAAAAACAGGAAGAGGAGGAAGAAGAGGAAGAGGAAGAGGAGGAAAAACAGGAAGAGGAGGAAGAAGAGGAAGAGGAAGAGGAGGAAAAACAGGAAGAGCAGGAAGAAGAGGAAGAGGAAGAGGAGGAAAAACAGGAAGAGCAGGAAGAAGAGGAAGAGGAAGAAAAACAGGAAGAGGAGGAAGAAGAGGAAAAACAGGAA